UGUUAGACUGGCGCGGUUGACGCGACCUGGGACGAGAAUGUGAAAUUUGCUGCGGAGAAUUGGCCAGUGUAUUUGCUCUAUUUUCCGGCAGGCUGACGCAGCAUCGAUUGGAAUUACAUAGUAGACUACGGGAUAGGUCUAGGAAAAGUAUCCAAAUGGACAACAUGUCCAAUAUUGAUUCGAUAAACUCCAUUACGUCCAUCCAGUCGCCCACCAGUACGAUGGGCUCACCCCCGCCGAUGUUGAACAAUCGCAACAUGGGCUCCCCUCCACUCAUAACGUCCCCGUCGCUCGUACACGGCGGAAUGAUGCACCCACAAGCCAUGCAGUCGCCGACCCUCAGCAGUAUGGGAUCGGUGUCAUCGGUCUCGUCACAGGAGGACAUCAAGCCCAUGAUCGGGCCCUCCGGUAUCCCAACCCACCCCAUGUCACAGUCCAUGAUGUCACAUAUUUCACUGUCACCGUCGUCACUGCUCAACCAAGGGGCGCAUUCGCCGCUGGGCAUGCCUGGGUCGUCAAUGAAUAAAGGAAUUUGUGCUGUAUGCGGAGACAGAGCAUCCGGUAAGCACUACGGAGUCUACAGCUGUGAGGGGUGUAAAGGGUUCUUCAAAAGAACCGUCAGGAAAGAACUGUCUUACUCCUGUCGAGAUGACCGCAAUUGUAUCGUAGACAAACGCCAGAGAAAUCGCUGCCAGUACUGCCGCUACCAGAAAUGUAUUGCCAUGGGCAUGAGGAGAGAAGCUGUGUGUCUUGCAGCUGUACAAGAGGAGCGACAGAGGAAAGAGAAGUGCCAGGGGGAGGGGGAAGUGGAGAGUACGAGCACGGUCAACAACGACAUGCCGGUGGAGAAGGUGCUGGAAGCGGAACUUGCUGUGGAACCCAACACUGAUACAUACGUCGAUACACCGCAUGAUCCAGUAACCAACAUAUGCCAGGCAGCAGACAAACAGCUCUUCACAUUGGUAGAAUGGGCCAAGAGAAUUCCACACUUUACUGAACUACCUCUUGAUGAUCAGGUCACCCUUCUUAGAGCAGGCUGGAAUGAAUUGCUGAUUGCUGCAUUCUCACAUCGCUCCAUCGCUGUCAAGGAUGGUAUCCUCUUGGCAACCGGUCUCCAUGUACAUCGGAACAGCGCCCACCAUGCGGGGGUCGGAACCAUCUUUGACAGAGUCUUGACGGAACUCGUUGCUAAGAUGAGAGAGAUGAAAAUGGACAAGACAGAGCUUGGCUGCCUGAGAGCCAUCGUUCUCUUUAACCCAGAUGCCAAGAACCUGAACUCAGUGCAGAAAGUGGAGGAGCUACGCGAGAAAGUGUACGCCUCCCUCGAGGAGUAUUGCCGCAUGCAGUACCCGGACGAACCCGGUCGCUUUGCGAAACUCCUCCUUCGUCUACCGGCUCUUCGCUCCAUCGGACUCAAAUGCCUGGAACAUCUCUUCUUCUUCAAGCUGAUCGGCGACACGCCCAUUGACACAUUUCUCAUGGAGAUGUUAGAGGCGCCUAGCAACAGCUGAGCCAUUCGGCCAAUCAGAUUAGAGCUUUGUAUCCAUUCUCUGUUGUGAUUUGUUCGUUUGUUUUUUGUUUGUCGUGGGAAAUAUUUGAAUUAUCCAUAAAAUGUAACUCGGUGGCUCACAUGAUGCAAUUCUGCAUACAAUUUUGCAAUAGAAGUAAAAUAAUAUUUUGGUUUUUGUGUUCCAAGUUUUCAUUGACAUCGUCACAUGAAUCUGUGGUGCAUGAUCUCGCAGGAUCCCGAAGAGCAAAGACAAUUGACAUUAUUGGACCAUCCACUAUGGAAUUAUUGGAUUAUCCAAUAUGGCAUCAUCCAAUAUUUACCAUCUAUCCAAUAUUUAAGGUUUUUUUAAUCUCAGUUGGUGAAGCAAAUGGAAUGUUGUAUUUUUUUUUAACUGAUUGGUGAAGCAAGCUGUUUCAGGUAUGAAAGAUUUUUCUUAAUUGAUAUCACAUCCUUGAACAAUCAAAUCUCUUAAAAUCGAAUUAUUUUUUUCUCGCUUUUGGCUUUUCUCAGGAGUAAAUUUUAUUCUUGGAUUUGAGCGAUCCAAUACCUCUUUUUAAACUUUCUAAAACUGAUGUUUAUUAUUUCUGGCCCCAACUGUGAAUUGUGUCAAAACCUUUGAUUAAAGGAUUUGGGUACUUUUUGUAACACAAAACACAAUGUCCACAGAUUUACAUUAAACAUACACCGUUUGAAGGUAAUGCUAUGAGAAAGCUUCCCUUAAAAUAUUAGUUGCUGAGGUGCUGUAGUUUUUGAGA